GUCGCGGGUAUAUAGACCGGUGGCAGAGCACGCGUGUGUGCGGACGCAGUUGCGUGGGGGUCUUUCCUUCCUCCGUGUUGUGGAGAAGAGCUUGUUCCUCUCCCGCUCAGCCGCGCAGGUUGGACAUAUUUGAAUUUUUUUUUUUUCCAGGUUGAAUUGAUCAAAGCAAUGGUUAUGGAGAAGCCUAGUCCCCUGCUGGUCGGGCGGGAAUUUGUGAGACAGUAUUACACGUUGCUGAACCAGGCCCCAGAUAUGCUACAUAGAUUUUAUGGAAAGAACUCUUCUUAUGUCCAUGGGGGAUUGGAUUCGAAUGGAAAGCCAGCAGAUGCAGUCUAUGGACAGAAAGAAAUCCAUAGGAAAGUGAUGUCACAAAACUUCACCAACUGCCACACCAAGAUUCGCCAUGUUGAUGCUCAUGCUACUCUUAAUGAUGGUGUGGUGGUUCAGGUGAUGGGGCUGCUCUCCAAUAACAACCAGGCUUUGAGGAGAUUCAUGCAGACGUUUGUCCUUGCUCCUGAGGGCUCUGUUGCAAAUAAGUUCUAUGUUCAUAAUGAUAUCUUCAGAUACCAAGAUGAGGUCUUUGGUGGCUUUGUCACUGAGCCUCAAGAGGAAUCUGAGGAAGAAGUAGAAGAACCUGAAGAAAGACAGCAGACACCUGAGGUGGUAGCUGAUGAUUCUGGAACUUUCUAUGAUCAGACUGUUAGCAAUGACUUGGAAGAACAUUUAGAGGAGCCUGUUGCUGAACCAGAACCUGAUCCUGAGCCAGAGCCAGAGCAAGAACCUGUACCUGAAAUCCAAGAGGAAAAGUCUGAGCCAGUAUUAGAAGAAACUGCUCCUGAGGAUGCUCAGAAGAGUUCUUCGCCAACACCUACAGACGUAGCUCAGACAGUACAGGAAGACUUGAGGACAUAUUCUUGGGCAUCUGUGACCAGUAAGAACCUUCCACCCAGUGGAGCUGUUCCGGUUACUGGGAUACCACCUCAUGUUGUUAAAGUACCAGCUUCACAGCCCCGUCCAGAGUCUAAGCCUGAAUCUCAGAUUCCACCACAGAGGCCUCAGAGGGAUCAACGAGUACGAGAACAGCGAAUAAAUAUUCCUCCUCAGAGGGGACCCAGACCAAUUCGUGAGGCUGGUGAGCAAGGUGAUGUUGAACCCCGAAGAAUUGUGAGACACCCUGACAGUCACCAACUUUUCAUUGGCAACCUGCCUCAUGAGGUGGACAAAUCAGAGCUUAAAGAUUUCUUUCAAAAUUAUGGGAAUGUUGUGGAGCUGCGCAUUAACAGCGGUGGGAAAUUACCCAAUUUUGGUUUUGUUGUGUUUGAUGAUUCUGAGCCUGUUCAGAAGGUCCUGAGCAACAGGCCCAUCAUGUUCAGAGGUGAGGUCCGUCUGAAUGUGGAAGAAAAGAAGACUAGAGCUGCCAGGGAAGGGGAUCGUCGAGAUAACCGCCUGCGGGGACCUGGAGGCCCUCGAGGUGGACUGGGUGGUGGAAUGAGAGGCCCUCCCCGUGGAGGCAUGGUGCAGAAACCAGGAUUUGGAGUGGGAAGGGGAAUUUCUCCACGGCAGUGAAUUGCUCUUCACUGAUCUUCAUGCAGCAGUACAAACCCUGGGUCCUGCAGAAUGGUGAAUUUCUUCAACCAGCCUUUGGUAUCUUGGAGUAUGACCUUAGUCUGUUAUAAACUGCUUAAAUUUGUACAAUUUUUCUUUUUUGUGUUAAUGGUGUGUACUCCCUCCCUCUUCCUUCCCUCUCCUGACCUUUUACUUCCAAUUUUAUGGAACGAUAUUUUAGGAGUAUUGGAUUUUUAAAGAAGAAAAAAGACUGAAUUUCCUUGCUUUAGAUAGACAGACUGGAUUUUUUUUUUUUUUUUUUUUUAACAGCCAUUUCCCCAAAGGAAUGUGUCUUGCUUAUUACUGACAUUUGGUAUGUUUCAUUCUUUGGAAUAUUUCUUACUUAUUUACUACAUGUUUCAAAAGCCUGUGGGAAAUACAGGAUUUGAUAAACAUUUUGAAGGCAGGAAAAACCCAAUUGUUUUCUUCUUUGAGAGUCAUGACUACCUUCUGGUGUGGAGAAAUUGCCAUUGGAAAAUUUGACAAUUUUGGUUCUUGCUGGUAUGGUUAAAAACUGAAUAAAAGGUGUUAGAGUUUUUUUCUUUUGAUAUAUAAUCACAAAAUAAUUCUAAAACCUACUGUUUUUACCAUUGAAAUUUAAAUUGUGAGAUAGGUUUUAAAUGUUUAGAAUGCAACUGAUAAGCUUCUCUUGAGCUGUUAGAUUUUUUUGAAGUAGUUUUUUCAUGUUUUAUUUGUAUUUGUAAAAAAAAACCCCCAAAAUCCCAAAAAUAUGAAUAACAAAAAACCGGAGCAAAACUGUUGUGCCUUCUAUUUAUCUUUCAUUCCAGUCUUGGCAAUUGUUUAAAAAAAAAAUAAAAUAAAACAUCUAGAUUUGUUUUAUCAGGUUCAGAGUAUGUGGGGAAUUGUAAAUCCCUCUUUCAUGACCUUGUAUGUUUUUUGUUAACAUCUGUUAUGCCUUAUUCUAAAAUUGAGUCUCAAACUGGAAUGCCUUUGAGGACAGAUGCUUCUAUAGAGGUCCUUUGACUUAUAUAGUUCAGCAUUCAUAUUAAGUUUUAUUUUGGUAUUUAAUCAGAUUCCUAAUCAUAGCCCAUACGAAAGAGUGUGUUUCAUAUUGGACUUUGCUGAUAUGCUCGAGUGUCUGCAAUUUUGUUUUCUCCAAAUCAUAGCCAUAUGGUAAAUUUUCUAUUUUGUUAUGGUUCUCUUUUAUUGAUGGACAUGCAGUGGGUGUUUUUUGGAAAUGGCCAAUUUUUAUUAAACUAUUUCUGGAAGAAAAUUUAAUCUGGCAAUAUAGACUAAUACUCGUUUUACAUAGUAUGUUAUUUGUUGAGUGCUGUGUGUGAGGUGGGUGACGGUUUUGUUUACACAUGUGUGAAGCAAGCCUUUGUGUGAUAACUUGUCAUUACUGAUUGAAGGGUAGCCAGGUUGUCGGAUUUAACUUAUUUAUUUUCUUAGCAGUGGUCAUCCUUAGGACUGUCGUUUGAGGAUGAUAUAUGAAUAGAAAUAGGAAUAUUUUGUUUGUUAUGCUGUUACUGAGAAACUAUAGGUUUGCUGUGAAGGCGUUAGUUAAGACUAAAAUGAAGUUUGAUUUUAUCAUUUGGGUCCCAGUACCUCAAAUAUUUGAAAAUUGGCAGCGUCUCCUUCACAUAAAGAAAUUUGUACAGGUAUAAUUGAGUCACAUGGCUGGUUUUUGGGUCAGUUUAAUAACUAUUUGGUAACCACUUUAUUUGGCCCAGGCCAAUGAUAAUUGGAAGAAAUUCACCUUGUACUUUUGUAGCUUAUAUUAAGCUUGUGGUGGAAAGAAAAAAAAGUUAACCUGAGUUACUUUGGAAAAAAAUUUAAGUUGCCAUAAAUUUAAGGUAAUAAAUUAUGGAUAACCUAGAAAUUACUUUUCACAAGUGAAUAUCAUCAUACAUUUCAAAAACAAGAGUUCUUUCUAUUCAGAGGUUUAAGGGCACUAACUAGAUGCAGUGAUUCUCAACUUGGUAUUGUUAUCACAUCCUAGAGGGUAUUUGGAAAUGUAUAAGAUUUAGAGGGGCUGUGGGGGGUGGAGGGACACACAUCUGGCAUUUAUUGGGUGGGGGCCAAGGAUACCAAAUGCUCUGUUUAAAAAAAAAAAAAAGAUGCAACUCCAUUGAGAACGCUGAUAGUCCCCACUUAUGGAUGGGUAAGAGUGGUAGGAUUAGGAAAACUGGAGUGAAGACUCAUUCUUCUGAAAUUCAGCAUCAGAUAAAUGAUUUGAUUAGGAAAUGGAACUCUUUCAGGAAUUACAAUAACGUCUACUUUCGAUAGUCUCACUUUUCAUUUUCGUGUGUGUAUAUGUUUGUUUAAAUGGGGAGAGGUAAUAGCAACAUAUGUUAGAUGCUGCUUGUAACUUGUUACUGGGAAUUACUGCUAAUCUCAGAAAACAAAAGGUUUCCUCAGUAAUUUCAGCUCAUCAGAAUUGGAAUGGUUGAAUGGCAUUGGACAUAAGAAAUAGGGUUUAGCAUCAUGGUUGACACUUAAGAAUCCUGAUGUCAUUGUUUACAUUAUUGCAUGUGGACUAAACAUGAGAGUUUAGAGAUACAUACAUUCACACAGCUAGAAAGUGAAAAUAUAAUAAUUUAGGGCAAGAGUUUCUAUAGGCAGCAGCCGCUUAUCACAUUCAACUUAUUCAGAUUUUAAAAUAAAAUUUUUAAUCUUGUAGGAAUGGCCCAAAGUAUAGUUCUUCACUACUGAGUUUAAAACCCUUGACCCAUGAGUAUUCUGUUAGCUUGGUAAAAUUAGUUUGGUUCAGUGGGUCUCAGACUUUUCAGACCUGUUAAAUAAAUAAAUCUUGGGCCUUACAAAAAUAUUUUUGUUUGCUUUCAUGGUGAGGUUGGGCUUUACUUGUGUACUCCUUUGUUCUCAACUUUCUGAGCUAUUUGCUGGGGAUCAGUGAAAUGGAUAAUCCAAAAAUAAUUGUUUGACUUUGGAUGAGUGAGUUACUACCAUAGCAUUAAUUGAAUUGCACUUUAGUUCUAUGUUAGAAAACUUAAUGUUCACAUCUACUCUGUGGAUUAGGUGCUGUUAUCCCCAAAAUAAUAGAUGUGGAAGAAAUGGCAUCAGAGCAGUUAAAUCACUAGGCGUACAAGUCAUAGGAGCAGAUUGGCCCUCAAAACUGAUGCUUUUUCUUUAGAACCAUUACGCCUACCUGUUUACAUUUGAAUGACAGUGACUAGGACAUUACUAUAAUGAAGAUACUACUGUAUAGAGAUCUAAGUCUGGAAGACAUUCAGGAUAAGGUUAGCAUUACUGUUCUUCAUUUCCUUUAGGGCAGACAAGAUCAUUAAACUUGGAUUUUGUAGGUCUCCUUUGGAUUUGCAGAUUCUGUAUGAUAACAUAAUAAUAGUUAUUUGUUCUUUAAGUAUUUUCUCAUCUGGUUUGAUAAUACAUUUAGUACAAACUUGAAGUCCGGUUGUGGAUGAUAAUAUUGCAUAAUCCAGGUGAGUUCAUAGAAGUUGUAUUUUGUGCUUAUAACUGCCAUUCCUCAUAAUUUUCUUCAUCCCUCUAUUUUAAAAUCCUUUAGAAAUUUAAUGGUUUAGUGGAAAAUGUGGCACUUUAUAGAAAGCAAUUUGUUAAAAUCUAUAUGGAAGUAAUCUUUCUAUGGAGUUUAGAAUUGUUUUUGAACUUUAGAUUUGUAGGCGACAUUUCUUUUAAGUAAAUUGUUGCAUUUGUCAAAUCUACUGAUCUAAAGAUUUGGUCUUCUACAUUAGUUUUAUUUUUGUGCUACUUAAAAGAAUCUUUGCCGAACUGCAAACAGAUGAGAUAAUUGUUGACCUUCGUAGUUCAUCAGUUUUAACCUUGUAUGAGAAACAACAUCAACGUUUAUUCGAAUAUGGGGUUUUAGUUAACUGCCUGGUGUACUAGAGAUGGGCAGUGGACAAUUAGUGAUAGCCUUCCACAAAAGUUUAAGAAACUUAGCAGUGUCUUGUGGAGUAUGAGGGGAUGGGUUAAAGUUGAUCAAGUAAUGGUGAUGUGGCACUAGAUGAUAACUAAAUUAAAUAAGGAUUUCUGGCUUUAAGGUAGUAAAUGCCUUUUGGGGUUUAUAUUUGUUUACUGUGAUGUUCUGGGGACCAUAGUUAGGCUUGUGAAUUCUUACUAGACUGGUAAAGGAGAAAUGGUGUACCUGUCUGAGGAUAUUAUGAAAUUAUGUUGCCUUGCUUAUGAUGUCAUGUAACAGUCUCAAAUCAUGGCCCAAAUGAGUAAAAAGUUGAUUAGAGGCCACCUAAAAAAAAUCCUUAACCAAUUUUGGUUUUGGUUAUGCUUAUGUAUUGGCUUAGAAUCAAGGUUGUUCAGUUUUAGUUUAUAUGACUUGUUUUGAAAACUUUGGACAGUCUCUCCUCCUCCCCAGUUUCCAAUGGAAUCUAGUAGCUUUUUAAAAUUCCCUGUAACAGAAAAAUAAUAUUGGGAAUUACUUCUACAGUUACUUCCAUAAACUAUGUGAUUUGGCCAGUUACAGAAAUCCAUACGUGUUUAGUACCUUGAAUUGUGGCCAGUGUCCCAGAUUCAUAAGGGAUGUGCAUACAGUGUGUUUAAGGUUUUUUUAAAAAAGUAAAUUAAGGAUGUUUACCAAAAAUUCACUUGAAUUACUUUAACAAGUAUUUAUGUUUUAGAAGCCCACUUAUGGGAAAUUUGCCUGUAUUUUUGGUAAUAAUUAGAGACAAGAUUAUAUUCUGUUUAAUCUGGAUAGAAACAGUUUUAGCUAUUGCUGUAAUUACAGCCACUUUGGUUACUGAUUCUCCCCAAGCUUUGAUGUCACCAGUUUGACUUUGGAUUUGUUUACAUUUAAAAAAAUUUUUAUGAAGAUGUAUAUACACUGAUUUGGCCCUUUUAAAUGAAGACAUUAUACCAAGAAGCUGUCAUAAGAAAGGGGAGAAUUCUUUUUUUUUUUUAACAUUUGGUGCACACUUUACAUAGCUUGUAGAACACACCAUUUAAAAAAUAAAUUCAUAAACAUAGGUGUAAGAUUUUGAAGAAGGGUGAGGUAGAGGUAGAAUUAGCUGAUGGAAUAGGAAUCGUGUGUGAUUUAUAUGGAAAAAAAUUAUGUUUUUAAGUGAGCAGCAUUAGAAUUAUUAAAGUUUUUCUUCCCAUUCUGAUUACCACAAGGAACAGGAGAGACUCCUAAAAUUCUUUGAGACAUAAAAUGUUAGUGCUGGAAAGGACUAAGAGGUGAUUUGUAUAACUGCUUGCUUCCUUACAAAAGAUAGAUGGUUCAGAGAAUUAAUUAGUACAGAGCCCUAAAUCUGCUUGUGGAAAUAAUAUGGAAAACCUUCAGGGAUCACCUGUCUAGGUUCGCUGUAGGAAGGCCAAAGCUAUUAAAAUAGGUCAUAUGUGGGGAGUAAAGGGGAAGGUACCAUGUUUUAUGUGCUUACCCAGUUGCUGUUGUAGUUCAGUUUUCAUACCCAGGAUUUCUCUAUUUUCUUAAAACUGUCUUAAUGCUCAGCUCUACCAGGGCCUGUUGUCUAAGGACAUUCAUUAACUGUGCUCCCCUCAGGGAUGGGUUUACUACUAGCUGUCAGAAAGCUAUUGGGUAUCCUAAUGUGUUAAUAGCUGAAACUCAGCUGUAAUUUUCUCCUAAAUCUUUCAGCAUUGUGCAUUCUGUACGUUGUGGUGCUUUUUCCACCUUGUAUUGUUAUAACUGUAAGCUCCUAGGGGGCAGCAAUUUGGUGUUAGGCAUGUACCCUGCUUAGUGCCUGGCAGCGCCAUGUAUUUAUCAGGGUUCUAAUAUUUUUUCCCAGUUAUUUCUCCCAUUCUUCUUGGAAGUGAUGCUCAAGUCAUACUGAACUACACUUAUGAUCUCCCUAAUAAGCCAGGCAUUGCUGAUUCCAUGGCUUCAAGUGCCUUCUCUCUUCCCUGAAGAUACAUCUGCAGCCCUGUCCCCUCACCCCCAGUCUUGGCCAUCUAAGUCAUUUUUUUCAAGAUCCAGUUCAAGAGCUGGUUUUUUUUUUUUUAGUUCCUGAGAAAAGGUUUGCAGAAGGAGUGGGGAGUCCCUUUUUGGGGCUGAUCUGUCAAGAAUUUGAAGUGAAGAACAAAUUGAUUCUCAUCCACUUCCCUUCCACAUUGUCCCUCCUGUUUGAAAUUCUGUUCCAACCUUCAUUUUGUAAACUGUAUUCCUAUAACACUUUUAUACCUGUUCUCAUAGUUCAUAUCUUACCCCUUCAACCUAGAAUUAGAAUUACAUUAUCUGUUUUACUAUAUUAUUAGACUGUAACCUUCUAGAGGACAAAGAUUGGGGGAUUAAUCCCUGUAUUCCGCCCAAAGGUGCAGUGACUUAUCCUUGUAUUCUUUCGGAAGGUACAGUGACUUAUACUAGAAUCCCUAAAUAACUUACUGAGUUGAAUAACUUAGUGCAUUUCUCCAUUUUCAGUCUCGCAAGGGAGGCAUAAUUCAAUAAGUUUAGGUACUAUGAUAUUUCAGUGGAGGAAAUUGUUGGGAAAUUUUUGGGGAGUGGGUAGAGGAGAGAGAAGUCACUGGCUAUUUUGAGGUACUUUCAUUCCUGGUCUGGGCAACCAUUUUUUUGUGAUUGUGCCUAGUAUAUCCCAGGCACUUGUUUCUAUGCAGAAGAAUUAUAUGGUGAUACUUUCAUUUCUUUUCACAAACUUGUUCCUUCAUUGUUCUUUCAGUUUGUGACAUCACCCAUGCAACAAGUCUGAAUCAUCUGCUUCCCUUUUUGUUACUGCCCGCAUCCAGCCUCCAGUCUAAGCCCUGUCAGUGUUCUACCUCAAGUCUUUCACUCCUCUUUCUUCACCUAGGUAAUUUCAGUAGUCUCUCAGCUGCACUUUACCUCUUCUUUCUCCAGCCUGCUUUAUACACGAUAUUAUACUCAUCUUACUGAAACAUAGCUCUGACCAUGUAUCCCAUGUGUGUGUUCUAUCUCCCCUGCUAGACUGUAAGCUCCUAUGGGCAGGAUCUGUGUCUGAGUCGUCAUUGUAUCUCCAUAGCACCUACCAAUAAAUAUUUCUUGAACGAACAAA